AUGCAACUAUUCUUAACGCUUUUAAUUUUUACGCUGUGCACCUCAGCUUACGCCUUUCUCGAUCACUACGUAGGACACAAACGCUUUGAUACCAUUUUUCGAGAGUGCGGUGUAUACUUUCAAGUGCCCAAUUGCAUCCUGGACGAAUACGUUGCCAAUGCAUUCCCUGACGAGCCUGAAGUUCGAAACCUGAUACACUGCACGCUGGUAGGCUCAAAGUCCUGGCAUGAUGGAUCAGGUGUCGUCGAACACGUCAUUUCCAACUUUUUCAAUCCCGGUCCGGAAGACACCUGUUAUGCUGACCGAACACGAGAUUGCAUUCGAAACUCUCGAGUGCCAGGUGGUAACAAUGUGACGCUUGCAUACAAAGCUUUUCACUGCUACUAUCGUCAGUACGGAAACCUCAAUCACAGUGAGCAGUUUAUGCCUUGCUCUCCACAAGAGCUACAAGUUCUGAUCAAGACUUCGAUCGCUAUUGUGAACGUGUCUCAGGCCGAGUUGGUGAACUAUAGCAAUGGAGCUGUGCUAGAUCAACCGAAUUUCGCGGAGUUAAUCUACGUAAUCAUCCUUCGCGGGGGCUUCUAUUUUACCGGACAGGGUCUCUUCCUGGCCAAUCUCCACACCCAGUUUGGAAAUCCGGAGCUGUUGACUCCGGAAACGCAGCAAUGCGUAGAUGCUGCUACCGCCGCAUGGAACGGUCAAAGGCAAAAAGAUUUGGUACAUGCGUACUUCGUGAACUGCCUGCGCAGGAUCACCCCUUGGAUGCAGCUGAUUCAGGACGUGGCGACUGGUUUGGUGAGGGGUUCGAACGCACCAUGCUCAACAUCGAGUACUACGACAAGUACCACUCCCAGUGCGGUUCAACCAUGCUAUAAUGUUGGGAACUGA